AUGCCCCCAGAAUCUGCGUUGUUCAAGGGGAUGCUUUUAAGGGAAUCUCUAAAGCAGGAGUGCUUGGCACUCAAGUUUCUCAACUCAAACUUGUCUACAUACAAAUGCCCCCAGGAGGCUCUUGGAUUGCCCGUUUCAGAUGAUUCGGAGGCAGAGCCGUCUGUUUAUUCUUUGUUAGACAUGUUGCUGGAGUUUGUCCAGGCACCGAAUUAUGACAUUGCUUCGGAUUCAUUUGCGUCUCUGAAAGAAAUAUUGACCCGUCAUAAAGACAUGGUUGCCGAGUUCCUGGAGACCAACUACGAAAAGGUACCGGUCCUUCUUUAUGUGAAGAUUUUUACAAAACUGCACGCUAUCAUCAUGACCGCCAACUAUCUUACUAAGCGGCAAGUGUUAAAGCUUGUUGGGGAGCUUUUAUUGGACCGUUCAAAUUAUGAAGUGAUGUCCAUGUAUAUUACCUCAUCUGCCCACAUGAAGCUAUUGAUGACUCUUCUGCGGGACAAGUCCCAUAACAUUCAGUACGAGUCUUUUCAAGUGUUUAAGCUUUUUCUGGCCAAUCCAUCCAAACCAAAGCAAAUUGUAGACAUCAUUUCCAAUAAUAAAGAAAAGUUGUUGGCGUUUUUAAAGGGAUUUGAGAUGGAUUUCAGCGGUCCAGGUAGCGAUGGGCGUUGUAUUAUCAUUAGACUUGGACCAGUUCCUAGAUGA